UUCCUAUACUUUCACUUUACGGAUGGCUUUCCGAAAACUGCCAUUCACAUAGCGCCUCUGAUUCUGAAACGGUGCUUUACGUUGUUUAAUUCAAGGUGUUAAAAUGCUUUUAAUGUUAGUUUAACUUUGCUGGACAUGUUACUUUCGGUCACAGACGAAAGCAAGCCAUUUCCUCGUUCAUAACCUUCUCAGACCAACGCCAUGAUCCUUUCGUCUCCAAUCAAAACUCUUUCGKGCCCSGGAUGGCUUCUUGUUCUGGCUGCGGCCUCUGUGUCCUCAGCUGCAGAAGAAAAAAUCUAUGCAAAGGUUGGAGACGAGGUAAAGCUCAAACCAAAAGAGGGCUCUGUGACUGAAGCAAUCAAAAGCAUCAACUGGAAAGUUGGGAAGGAUCUGGCUGUCAUGUACGAUGAAGGACACUUUAWAUACUAUCGUGAGUUUGAAGGUCGGAGCAACUUAAACAACCAGACUGGAGAAUUGACGAUCACAAAUGUGACUUUCCAAUUCAAUAACGAGUACAAGACCGAAUUAAACGGCAAAACAAUUGAGCACAYGAUUCACCUUAAAGUCCUCGCUCCAGUUCCCGCACCAACCAUUGCUCCAUCCUCCUGCCCUGAAGAUUCAAGCACAUGUACCCUGACCUGUGAAGGAAAAACAACCAGAGAGACAGAACCAGUAGAAUACAUAUGGAUGACUGACAACACUGAUGUGCCAGGUUCCACAAACAAAACAUACACUGUAAAGGACGACAGUUCAGGUGUCAGAGAGUUCAGCUGUAAGAUGAAGAAUCCAGUCAGUGAGGAGAGAAGCAAACCCUUCUCCAACCCAUUCAAGCCUCCUGAAAGUGGUCCGAAGAUUUCCAGAGGAAUCAUAGUGYUGAUCAUUUUGCUUUCUGCUGUGAUACUGGUGGCCAUCAUCCACAGAAUGAAAGCAGGAGAAUGCUUCUACAAUAAAUCCUCCAUGCCGUGGGAAAGAGAUUUCUGGAGGAAUACCAAGGMGCAGCGUAAGUCUAAACCUGAACUUCCUUUUGUUUUCCCAGUUUAUAAAAUGUCAAACAUUUAAUUUUAGAUGGUUUGUUUUUGUUGUAGAACCUCAAGUAGCUGCUUCAGAAUCCAACGGCAACACCACUCCACUAAAAGGCCAAUUAGAUGAGGAAACUGCAGUGACGGAUUAGUAAAGCGACGUCUUGAGACAUCAUUAGCGAAAUCUUCUCUGGAACAAACGUUUUGAAGAAUGGAUUUUUCUAGAAGUGUGUUUUUUUUUUUUUUUUUUAUAAAGGUUUUGUUGGCUCUAGUGCCUUUAUUUGAAAGUAUUUAGACAGG